AGACACUGUUUAUAUUUCUGGUUUUCAGCUCUUUAGCUCGGUUCAACCAGAUUCACUGAGGACUCUCUGGCGGGCUCCCUCUGGCGGCCGGCAGCAGCGCUCUGAGGUGUUGGUGUGUCUCCAGCCGCGCGAUGACCCACUGGUUCCAUCGAAACCCUCUGAAGGCCACAGCGCCCGUGUCCUUCAACCUGUACGGAGUUGCGUCCAGCCCUGCCGCCAGUAAAAUCUGCAAUGACCUGAGAACUAGCCGGGCCAGACUUUUGGACAUGUUCACAGAUGCUACCUGCACUCCAGAGAUCAUGAAGAAGGCCACCGAUGAAUAUCUUUCCCUUUUACAGGGGUUCAUUGUAUCUCUGGAUGGAACCGGGCAAGAGAACAAGCUGCGGUUCAUUCAGAACUUCAGGUGGACUGACACUCUGCAAGGAAACACACCUAGUUCUCAACAAGAUGCUGUUUUUGAACUGGUGUCCAUGGGGUUUAACAUUGCCAUUUGGCACACUAAAUUUGCUUCAAGGCUUGCCGGAAAAGAAAACAUCACUGAGGAUGAGGCAAAAGAUGUGCAUAAGAGCCUUAAAACUGCUGCAGGAAUGUUCAAGUAUCUCAAGGAGGUUCAAAUACCGCGACUCAUCACACCAGCUGAGAAAGGGCGAGACCUGGAGCCCAGGGUCAUUGACACCUACAUUGUGCAGAGUCAAGCUGAGGCUCAGGAAGUGACCAUUGCCCGUGCAAUUGAGCUGAAGCAUAAUGUGGGCCUUAUUGCAGCUUUAGCAUUUGAGACAGCAAACUUCUACCAAAAAGCUGAUCAUACUCUGAACACUCUGGAUCCAGAAUACAGCAUGAAGUGGAGAAAAUACUUGCAGCUGAAACAACAUUUCUACAUGGCUUAUGCACACUGCUACCAUGGACAGACUCUUUUGGCCAGUGACAAGUGUGGAGAUGCCAUACGAUCCCUACAGGAGGCAGAAACAUAUUACUCCCGUGCAGAGGUGCUGUGUAAAGAAUACCGUCAGACCAAGGGCCCAGGUAGCACUGCUAAACCCUCUGAACAACUGUUCUUCAGGAAACUUGGUGGUCUGAUCAAAAACACUUUGGAAAAAUGUCAGAGAGAAAAUGGGUUCAUAUACUUCCAUAAAGUGCCUGCAGAAGCACCCGUUUUGGAGCUAAAGGCAAGUUAUGGUCUUGCAGAACCCAUUUCCUUUGAGCUACCUGCUCUCAGUGACCAGUGCACUUUGGAGGUCUACGCCACAUUUGAUCUCACCAGAGGACAGAAAGAUGACAAGGCAAAAGUGAAACCGAAGCCAGAUGAAGACAUUAAGCCUGUGAAGGAGCCCGAUGUUAAGUCUCAGAUAGACACUGGAUGUGUGAUAUCUUAGUCACUUAAGAAAACCUCCACCAGUUUGUCCGUCACUUGUAGACUCCUUGUAAAAUCUGGUGGUAACUCUUGCAUUUUUAAUGUUGCAAUAUAUACUACAGAAAAUAAAUCUUAUCGCAAUGUUUCUCCCAA